AUGGCACCAAAGAAACUCCAAAAACCAGGCAUUCUCCGCGUGCCGCUGAGCUACUAUCCGCUCUCUAAGGCCCAUGCGCUCGGAUACGGUCGGGUAUUUGGAUAUGGUCGGAUAUUCGUCCUGUUUGAAAGGCACAAUCCGGGGUUGAUCCUCGUGCUGCUGGGAUACAACCCGCUCUCCAAGACCCACGCCCGCGACCUUCUAAACAGCUUCUCCCAGGCGCUCGCUACUGUCACAGGGGUUACAAUCACACCCCACUCCUCCGCUAAGGCUCUGAGCGGCCAGGGAGGAUGGGAGGGGCGGGUGACGGAAGAGGGGCGGGUGAUGCUGGGGGAGGCGCUUGCUGGGCUGGCGAGUGGGGUCCGAGGCGUGGUGGGAUCGGUGAGUGACGGAGGAGGGGCGGGUGAUGCUGGGGGAGGCGCUUGCUGGGCUGGCGAGUGGGGUUCGAGGCGUGGUGGGAUCGUGAGCGAAUGGGGAGGGGCGGGUGACGGAGGAGGGCGGGUGAUGCUGGGGGAGGCGCUUGCUGGGCUGAUGAGUGGAGUUCGAGGCGUGGUGGGAUCGUCCUUGACUUGCGUGAAGAGGUACCCCGAUGGGCCACAGGCAUACCUUGUUUAUCCUGACGGUGACUGCUCGAUCCCCUUGGAUGAUGACGAUGAGGAGGAGACGGAGGAGACGGAGGAGAUGGAGGAGACGGAGGAGACGGAGGAGACGGAGGAGACGGAGGAGGAGAGGAAGGAGAGGCAGAAGCAUGGGAAGCAGAAGCAGGAGAGUCACGUCGGCAGUGACUUUGUGGCGGCUGCUGCGGCCCGAGCCAGAGUUGCUGCUUCGGCACCCGGAGCUCAUAGUGAGGGGGCAGGAUCGGGGGUAGGAUCGGGGGCAGGAUCGGCUGAUGCCAAUGCGCAUGGGCAUGGGCAUGGGCAUGGGGGUGGGCAUGGGCAUGCGGGUGGGGGUGGCGGGCAGGCAGAAGGGCAUGCGGGUGGGGGGCAUGGUGGGCAGGUGGUGCAUGGGGCAGAUGGGGAGCAUGGGCAUGCCAUGCAUCUAUCGCCAGGGCAUGCCAUGCAUGGGUCAGCACCACAUGGCGUGCAUGUGUCACCAGGACAUGGGCAGAAGAAUGUGAAGCAGAAGCAGGAGAGUCACGUCGGGAGCGACUUUGUCGCGGCUGCUGCGGCCCGAGCCAGAGCUGCUGCUUCGGCAGCCGCAGAGCCUUCAUCCCCCGCCCAUUCCUCCAGUUCCCAUCACAGCCAGACACACUCCAACACGUCUCCUCAUCACCAGCAGCAGCAUCAGCAGCAGCAACAGCAGCAGCAGCUACUGCAACAGCAGCAGCAGGAGGCGCAGAAUCAGCAGCAGAAGCAGCAACGCAAGGAGGAGAAGAAGAAGAUCAGCAGGCAGAGCAACGUGGGCAGCAGCCUUGUCUUUGCCGCAGCAGCCGCAGCCCGCCAGAAAGCCGAUGCAGCAGCAGCAGCAGCAGGGGCUUCAGGGCGGCAUCUAGGCGUGCCGCACACGGGCAGCACGGGGGGCGCAGGCACAGGCACAGGGACGCCUCAUAGCUACCGCAGCGGCCCUGCCAGUGGGUUGAACAGUGGGUUUGGCAGUGGUGCUGGCAGCAGCGGCAGCAGUAGCCCUGUGAGCAGCCGAGGGGCGGAGGAGCAGGAGCGGGAGGUGGGGCUGAUGCAGAGUGGGCUGAGUGGUCAGAGUGGGCAGAGCAGGUUGCAUCCCAGGGAUGGGCAGGGGAAUGAGAAGCGGGCUUACCAUCUCUCUAUGCAUGGCAGCUGUGCUGCUGCUGCUGCUGCUGCUGGUGCUGCUGGUGCUGGUGCGGCUGCUUCUGCCGGUGAUGGCACUAGUGCUGAUGCUGGGCUUGGUGCUGCCACUGGUGCUGGUUUGGGAGAAGUUGUUAGUGGUAGUGGCAGCGGCAGUGGCAGACGGGGCGAGGAGAAGCAGCUGGAGUCUCAGUCGUCAGGUGGGGGUCAGGGCAAGGGCAAGGGGCUGCUGUUUGGAAUCAGCAAGUCUCUAGGAGGUGCUAAGAGCAAGGAAGGCAAGGAGAAGAAGAAGGAGAAGGAGGAGAAGGAGAGGGAGAAGGAGAGGAGGAGGAAGGAGAAGGGAGAGAAGGAGAGUACUGUGGGGAGCAGCUUCGUGGCAGCUGCAGCAGCCAGAGCUGCAGCUGCUGCUGCCACCAAGGAGCAACUGGGCGCUGCUGCUGGGUCUAAUGGGGGAGUGGGCGGUGCAGGACGGUUGGGAGCGGUGGGAGGGUCCAUGGGGAGGAUGAGUGGGGGGGGGAGUGUGCAGGGUAGUGUUGAUGGUGGUGGUGGUGCUGGUGGUGAUGCUGGUGGUAGCAACAGGAACAGCACAGGGGUUCGAAGCAACAGGAGCAGCAGCAGCAGCCUGCAGCAGCAGGAGCAGCAGCAGUACCAGCAGCAGUAUCAGUACCAGCAGCAGUAUCAGAAUCAGCAGCAGCAGCAGCAGCAGCAGGAGGGUGACGGGGAUUCGGUGAGCGAGCGAGAUACAAUGUCAGAGCGAGGCGGGGAUGCUGAGGAUACCGAAGGAGAGAGCGUUGAUGGGGAGAGUGUGGAAGGAGAGAGCAUCGAAGGGGACCGUGGGGACGGAAGCACCAGUGGUGGUGGUGGAGGGAAGAAGGGGAAGAAGAAGGGGACAAAGAAGGCCGGCCUGCGUGGCUGGCUGACCAAGAAGCUGCAUGCUUCCUCCUCUCUGCCGCCCGCCAGCCCGGAACGAGGGGCAUUGCCCGCCGCCCGGUCAUCUCCCGGCCGCCCGGGGGAGAGCCCCAGCCGCCUGCGUGACAGCCCUGGCCGCCCACUUGACAGUCCCAGCCGCCCGUUUGAAAGUCCCGGCGCCUCACCCAGUCACGGUGGGGUUGGCCUGUCGCAUAACCGUGGGGGUUCCUGGGAGGCCGGGCUUGGAGGUUCUGGGGGCGCUGGGGGCAGUGGUCGUGGCGUUCCUGUUCCCUCCUCUCUUCCCUCCACUCCCCUUCACUCCACCUCCCUCCUCUGCUCUUCUCUCCCCCUCCCCCUUCUCCAAAUUGUAUUUUGA